UUAAUUUCAUCUGUGCAAAUAUGAAAAUUGGCAUAAUAUAAAAGUAAGCGAAGUGUAGUGAGACAUGACGAAAUAAAAAGUCAGUAACUAAGAUACACUUGGAGUGUCAGUGUGUGCAAAAUGAUCACUUUAACAAUAGUGUUCGUCGUUUUAUCACUACUUUAUUACUACAGUAUAACGUCCUUCAAAUAUUGGAAAACGAAAGGAAUAAAACACGACAAGCCUGUACCAUUGUUCGGAAACUGUUUAUGGUACUUUAUGGCUAAGAAGAGCUUAACAGAUAUCGUAAACAAAACCUACUGGAAGUAUUACAAUGAAAAAGCGGUGGGAUUAUUUCGAGGGGGAAGACCAGAAUUAAUAAUCAAAGACUUAGAGACCAUAAAACAUGUUUUUGUCACAGAUUUUGUGACUUUCAAUUCACGAGGUCUUAAUUAUCACGAGGAUAUUUCUGAACCCAUGAUGAAAAACGUAUUUUUUGCAAAAGGUGACUUGUGGCGACUGCUACGUCAACGGAUGACGCCAGCUUUCACUACUAGCAAGUUGAAGGGGAUGUUCCCUCUGAUCAUGGAUCGGGCUGAGAAGUUACAGGCACGAGCGCUAGCAGUUGCUGCCACAGGCCAGGUUGUCGACGUAUAUAGACUCAUGGCACGGUACGCCAUUGAUUUCAUUGCAACCUGUGGGUUUGGAUUAGAUAUCAACGCCCUAGAGCAAGAAGACUCACCGGUUGAUAAACUCGGAGAAAUAUUCUUUAAAUCCAGUAUAAGAGAUACAUUACUUCGUUUUAUAAAUUAUUUCAUUCCAAGUAUUGGAAAACGCUUCAAAGUAUUUAAUAAUGUUGAAGUAGAAAUGGUCACUUUGACUAAACAAAUUUUAGAGCAGAGAAACUAUGAACCUUCGGGUAGAAAUGAUUUUGUUGAUUUAUUACUUGAAUGUAAGAAAAAAGGAUUAAUUGUAGUAGAAUCUAUAGAACACAAGAAGCCAGACGGCAGCCCUGAAAUAGCGACAUUAGAGCUAGACGAUGUAAUUUUAGCCUCACAAAUUUUUAUUUUUUUUGCUGCGGGAUUUGAAACUUCGUCAUCUACUACGAGUUACACAUUACAUUUACUUGCCUACUAUCCUGAAGUACAGAGAAAAGUUCAAGAGGACAUUGAUAGAGUACUUAGUAAAUAUGGUAACAAACUCUGCUAUGAUGCUGUUAAAGAAAUGACUUAUCUAGAAUGGGCAUUCAAGGAAAGUAUGAGAAUACACCCAGCAGGAGGAGUCUCUAUGAGAGUAUGUGCACAGAAGACCCAUAUUCCUAAUAUAAAUACAACAAUAGACAAGGGAGUGAGAGUACUUAUUCCAGUUUACGCGAUACACCAUGACCCUAAAUAUUUCGAUAACCCCGAAGAAUUCCGACCAGAGAGAUUCAGCCCCGAAGAGUUUAGUAAAAUCCCUAAAUUCUGCUACUUACCAUUUGGAGAAGGUCCACGAGCUUGUAUUGGCGAGCGACUAGCUCUGAUACAGGCUCUGGCAGGUCUCGCAGCGAUAUUGUCGCGUUUCACCGUGGAGCCCGCCCCGGAGAGCACGCGCCAUCCCGCAUAUGAUCCCCUGUCAGAAAUUACCUUAAUGGUAAAAGGUCAAUUACCCCUCCUCCUUAAGAAAAGGAGUGACACUGUUACGUAACUGUUAUAUCUGCAUUCAUUAAAUUAAUCAUUAAAUUAUAGAUAACUGUUGUGAUUUAAUAAAUAUUCCACAAAUAUUUUAAUAAAAAUUUUAAAUGCAUUAAUUGUGAUACAAUAAUGUAAUGUAUAAUCUGAGUGAAUAUUUAUAAUAAGUAGAGGUAUAUAUUUAAAUUAUUAAAUGUAUUACAUCUCCAUAUUUAGAAAUAAUAGAAUUUUUAUCGUGCCUCCGAUCAAACUGUUUAUAAUUACUCCUCUCCAUCCAAAGGUUGCCUUGAAGAGAUCGCUCUUAGCGAUAAGGUCGCCCAUUGUUUUCUCAUUGUGAUUAUUUCUUGUAAUUGUUUUUAUUUAUAAUAAGUUUACUACUGUAAUCUUUUGGUGAAAACAAUAAAGAGUGUAAUAAUAUUAA